AUGGCAUUCAAGAAUCUUGGGCUCAUAGAUCGACACCAAAUGUCGACUCGAAACUUCCAGGAUGACUUUCAACUCCGCUCUCUUGUGCUUCGCGAGAGAUAUCUGAAAGACACGCAGCAGUGGGAAGGUAGCGAGACUGCUAUCACCCAGACUCGUCCGAGACAUGGAUCGAAAUUGCAUGCUGACCAAAGGAUUCCAAGGAUUGCCGGCGAGAUUGACGAGUUUGUGGAGCGAUCCAUCGAUAUGACCGGCCGCAUAUCAUUGACGCACUCGAUCCAGCCUGUCGAUGUCAAGAUCAACAACGACAGAGCCCUGAUCGUAUCCUACGGCCACAUCACACUACGCUUCACGGAGCAGGACCAAGAAUACGACAUGAUCUCCUGGGGAUGGUGGAUCCAUCGGGCGGUCCGUCUUGAGUCUCGGCAGCAAAGCUGGCUCUUGACGGCCAUGCGUUUCAUCUACAAUCGCGGUCAUGCCCAGCUCGAAUAG